AUGGCAACUUUGCGAUCGCGGAACAACACAGCUUUCGAAUUAGAGGACAAGAUUGCGACGAAUCCACAAAGACCACUAAGCGUAGACGUCUCGCUGAACAGCCUCCUCGGGCGUUUGGAAAGUGUCGACAAGAUCCUUGUGUAUGCAGUUGGGGCUUUCGAUCGAUAUUAUGUCUGCUGGCAGGACAGGCAGGGAGGAUAUAGGCAAGAGAGACAGGGACUCCCACGUGUCCUCGAUGAAUGGCUUUUCCCUCCCAACGGGUCAAGUAGAGACUUCGAGACCCUUCAAGUCUCCCUUGGACAUAACGACGAAUUCUUCGCCUUCGAUCAGUAUGAGCGGAUCUCACACAUCAACACAAAUCUGCGAGAAAACGUGAGCAGCAUCAACCAGAGAUCGCUCAUACCGGCUGCGGUAAACGCGUCUCAGGCAAUGGCAGUCCGAAGAAAGGCACAUACCUUUUCCUACUCGGAUGAGGUCCAAGAGCACGAUCAGCAACCUUUGUCAAUACAACUGCGGAAGGGGGUCAAGAAGAGAAUCAGACCACGGAGUAUUGCAAUAGCGGGAGUGUUGUCACUAAGAGCGCCGCAUGAGAGGAAGACUAGCCAGGAGGACCGAGCCUUGAAAGCGUGGCCGGGCAACUCAGGUAUAAGCCAGCGUCAACCAUCGCCAGUUCGACAUCCCGUGUAUUCAGACGCCGGAGUCCAGACGGAUCCAGUGCAGUAUGGGCACCAAGAUGCUGCGGAUGCUGCACUCCACGAUAUUGCAACGAAACCGAGAAGGUCUUGUGUUUCUUCCAUCUCGUCAUUUUCCUCCCUGCUUUCGGACAGCUCUUCAGCAACAAUGGAUUCAGCCGCCUCCCUUUCGAGCACUUCCUCCAUAUGCCCAAGGAAUCCGAUCAGUAUAGGGGCGAUGAAUCGAUACUUCAGAGAAAGUCAGUACCGGCUUGGGGACGCUCUUAUUAGAGCACCCCCUGCUGGAAUUGGUGCUCACUAA